UUCCUCCCUUUUGUUAAUUUAAGAUAGUGUUAAUGUAAAUGUUUCACUGGUUCAAUACUGUUUGACAUUAUCUGAUGACACAUGGACAAUUUCUUAAAUAGAGAAUGUCAAUUUAAAACUAAUUGUACCCCAAAUUAGUGGAUAUAAAUAGGUCCAUAUAUUUACAUUUAAGAUGGCCAUUCUGUACAGCUGUAUCGCGCGGGGGACAACAGUGCUGUGCAGCCAUGGUUUGCAGGCGGGCGCGAACAACUAUGAGGCAGAGGCAGUAAAGGUCCUGCCACAGAUACCAGUAAGAAAUGACGGGAAAACUACAAUAACAAUGGCCAGCUUCAAGUUCCAUUGCAUAGUGGAGAAUGGCGUCAUUUUCAUGUGUGCAGCUAAGCCAGACUUCAAGACACAACCUUGCUUUGCCUUUCUAACAGAGAUAAAAGACGAGUUUCACAGCAGAGAACUAUCAGACAAAGCUGCAUUUGCAAGCAACCACAGUUUUGAUGCAGAAUUCAACAGUACUCUAAACAAACAGAUGGAAAAGUUUUCAAAGCCUGGAGCUGCUGAUAAUCUGACGGUUCUUCAAGGUCAGGUCAAAGAGGUGCAAGGUGUCAUGGCAAAGAAUAUAGAGUCCGUAAUCGAGCGAGGCGAGCGUCUGGACGACCUCAUGGACAAAACGGAUGACCUGGAAGCAGCGAGUGCCACCUUUGCACGGACAGCUGGUAAAAUCAAGAAGAAAUACUGGUGGAGAAACUUAAAGAUGAAGAUCAUUAUUGGGAUUGUGGUCACCAUAGUUCUGCUGAUUAUAGUGCUAGGAAUUUGCUAUGGUACUGGGGUGUUUAAAGGAAGCAGUGAUGACAAGAAGACUACAGUUGCUCCAUCCAUUUCAACCAUUGCAACCCCACCCUCUGGUUGACAGUUGAACAAUAGACUUUUGAUUCCAAUUACUGAGCUGUUGAAACUGUGAAGCCUCUCAGUACCCAUUUAUGAGUCUGUUGAAACAGUGAUUUCCCAUGAAGUUUAUACCAUUAUGUCCCCCACUGUAAUGUUGACCAGUGUUGUUGUCUUGUAUCAUUAUAUUUAUAUUCGAAUGUUUACCAAUUAUAUUUACCAAAUGUUUUACCAAUCUUUAAAAUACUCACACAUACAACAUUUAUGAUACUGUUCAUUACAAUGUUAAUAAACUUGGUGUGCAUUUCAUAUAUAAAAUGUGUUUGUAAAUCUA